AUGGUGAAACUUACCGAAGUAGAUUUGGUGAGAUGCGUCCUUCUCGGUGAUGAGGACUCCAGCAAAGAAAUGAUGAUGAAAAAAUAUGCCGCUUAUUCAGGAGUGCCUUAUAAUUCUGAGAGCCGUGAACUCAUCACCGCGUUCAAAGGGCCGAAAAUGCGUGUUCGUCGAUUCAUCCUUUGUCGAGCAGACGAGCGAGAAGCCACAUGUAUCCUCGACACAGUUAUCGAACGUAUUCGCGGUGUACCCUUCGUCCUUGUUGGGACUCAAAUCGAAAAGAGGCUUUCAAUGUUAAUCGAGAACUACGGUUGUGGAGAGGUCAAAUACAUGCCAAUGACUCGUAUAACUCAGAGCCGAGACGUUCGCAAAAGCGGAAUUGGGGCCAGCAAUAUUGAAGGCUUGGACGAAGUGUUCGAAGGUGCAUUCGAAGUUGGUCACAAAUAUGCUCUGGAGCAGCUGAGAGGAGCGCGCCGGAAACUCAUGCAAGUCCAAGAGACGGAACCAGAAAAACCCGGCUGUAUCGCUCAGUAG